GCUAAGUGGGCGAACUUGAGCAUCAUAAAAUUGUAAAUGUGUCAUGUGGACAAAUAACUCCAGUUGGAAGACGUGGAAGGUUUUCACAAAACUCACGUUGCCAAGGUGUGUACGUGUGGGGCAAAUUGGUCUUAACCACUGGACUAUGAGAGCGUGCCGCCUGUCCCGUGUCCCAGCAAGUCUUCAGUAGUUUUAUGAUGGACGAGUCAAAUCAGAACCCACAGUGCUAUUGUUACAAGUGCCCUAUUCAUCAAACAGGGUUACCUGAUGAGGGACUUAGGAUGAGAACUACACAUAGCAGUGAUAACAGAACUAGGCAGGCAGUCAGUGAGAACAGUCAACCAGAAUAUCUGUUGGAAGAGAUCUGUAGACCUGAGGAAGUAGAAGGCUUGCAAGCCAAAAGGUGUGGAAAUAGACUGGUAGAAAGGUUGGAAGGGUGUCCAAAGCCUUCUGCAGGGCAGUACCGCUUGACUUUGGGAGGUGUCAAACACCAUCCCCAGCACAGGAGGGGGGGCCCAUCAUCUGACUCCUCAUCCCCUAAUUCUAAAAGCCAGAUGUCUGAGGCAGCCAAAACUGGAGGACUUCACUCUCCCUCUAAGAUUAAUGAUGAUUUCCAAUUCAGUAAGCAAAAGAAGGAUGACUACAGAUCACCACAGAAUCUGAAGAGAGAACACAAGCAAACACAGACAGGCUCGACGACAGGUAUACAGGGGAGAGACUCAACUGAUGCUGACAGACCAGCGUCCACAUUCCUCGAUGUGGCGUGUCAGACAAACAUCCGCAAAGUGAAGUCCACUCGAGGCUACCGCCCAGGAUAUCCAGGGACAGGCAGAGAGAGGAAAGCCUCUACGGCAGUGAACUACACUAACACGUCUAACCAUCUCAAAGAGACUGACGAUGAGGUGAACUACACUAACACGUCUAACCAUCUCAAAGAGACUGACGACAAGAAUGCCUGUCGCCAUGAGGGGAGCUGUGUGCGCCGGCUUGCAGUGUUCACUUUGGCGGUUGGAGCCAUAGGCUUCUUAGCCAUGAACCACCAGAAGUACCUGAAUCGACAGUAGACCACACCUCUCCAACUUGUACUAAUGUAUGAGACCACUGUUUUCCUACCAAUACAUGAACUAAGACAACAACAUGGGAAGUGCUGACUGUGUUCAUGUUAGAAGUGAUGGGGGACCAGACCAGGCAAAUGGCUCCAUCUAGUGGGGAAGAUGUGCAACUAAGUCUGAAUAAUGACAUUGCAGUAUUUGUAUUCAGGACAAUAAUUUAUAAAAGCACUACAAAAUUGAUGACAUAACAGCAGUUGUUGAAUUUCAGCUCAAAAUUGAUGAAAAGUGAAAUAGUCCACAAGACUAUAGUCAGGCCUGAGGCACAUGAGUAAAGUUGUACUGCUGUCCCCUCUGGAAAUAUGUUGCGCCUGUAGAACUAACCACUAGACAAAUGUUUGUUUUUUAAAUGUGAUCUAGAGAAAACCAGAGAGAGUGAAAUAGUGGAUGAACACAUGUGUCUCAUAGUCACACACACACAGAUUUAUAACUCAAGUGCCACGUCUGGCAGAGCGGUGAUAAAUAUAUACCUGACUGCUGGGAAGUUGAGAGUGAGGAGCCCCUGCAGUACCAAGGGCACAGAACAUUCCCUUCAGACAGAGUUACCUCAAAGCUUGGCAUUGCAUGUGAAUGCACCACAUCAUACUGGGCCAUAAUGUCCCGCCACCACUCUCAGACCCUGUCUGUGACCCUGCUCCAAAGUGGAUCUGAUCCAGAGGCAGCUGGAUUUGAACGUGUGAUCAGAAUGUUGCUAUCUAAACGUUCCAUUUGAUGAUGUAGUAAUUAACUCAAGCCAUGGUUAUGAAUGGCAGUUAAUGUGUUAAUUCUGGAAUUACUUUUUCCAGAAUUUACCAGAUAUAGGUAUUUUUGAGAACAGAUUUCUGCUUAUGUGUAUGUGUAGUGUACGUGUAUAAAUAAGUGUGUGUGUGUGUGUGUGUGUUCCUAUGGUGGGGGUUGGGUACAGAUGCCAGUGUGUUGGUGUGUGAGGUCUCAUGUAGCUAGAACAUGCUCAGUGAAGCCUUACAUAACGACCGUCUACAGACUCUACCCCACCUCCCCCAACAAACCCACGUUCCUAAUAUUUGUCAAUACCACUGCAAGGCUGCUAUUUUAUGGUGCCAGUCGUUAGGUCAAAUGUAAGCCUUUAACAGCCAGAACAUACUAUGUAUUCAUUAGUCUAUUUUGUGUGCAAAAUGUCUCUUCAUUUCCAAAAUGGUUACUGAUAUGUGAAGUUGUGAAUGUCUGGGAGUGUGUUUAUGUGUGUGCGCCUGUGGGUGUGAGUGUA